UAGUUCAGUACGGCUGUUUGACGCGUCUGACUUCGUUUUUGCAGUAUUCGCAGAGUCAACAGAUUACUUUGUAGUCGUUGUACAAUUGUACAUAGUUUUGGCGCAACUCUCAGCUCGACCUAUCGAACAAGGGUCGAGCGCUUUAAUAUUUUAAGAUAUAAAUAGUUAUUAUAGACCAAUACCAUCAAGACGUGUUGAUAGUUCUAUAAAGUAUUUGAUUAAAAAAUCUGAAAUAAUGUCGGUGAUAGGGAAGAUUGUUGUACCGAACGUAUCGGCGCGGAAUUUCGCUAAAAUAAACGCCGCGUUGCAAACUGUGAAAUCGAAUAGGAAUUAUUUUACUUACACGCAGGAGCUGUCUCAGCCUUUGGACCGAAAACCCGAAUUCGUGACCGCUAAGGAGGCAUUCGAGAAAUGUUUGAAAUCCGGUCAAACGGUGUACGCCCAGGGUGCCGCGGCCACACCCGUGCCGUUACUUAACGCCAUGACUGAGGUCGGCAAAGCCGGUUCCCUCAGGGAUAUUAAGGUCGUCCAUAUGCACACCGAGAAGGAAGCACCAUACGUUGCCCCAGAAUGCAAAGAUAUAUUUAGAUCCGUCUCGUUGUUCAUGGCAGCCAACGUACGUAAAUCAGUAGCGGAGGGUCGCUCUGACGCCAUACCGAUCUUCCUCCAGGACAUUCCCAAGCUGUUCCACAGAAAAAUCAUCCAGCCUGACAUUGCUGUCAUUCAGGUUUCCCCUCCAGACCAACACGGUUACUGCAGUUUGGGUACAUCCGUAGACUGCGUGAGAUCAGCUUUGGUGAAUUCAAAGAUUAUUAUUGCUCAAGUAAACGUAAACAUGCCCCGUACAUUCGGCGAUGCUAUUAUCCACGUGUCUCACGUGGACUACGCAGUGGAAGACAAUACUCCGCUACCCGAGCAUGGAAGCAAAGGGGCCGCCAGCCCUGAGGAAAUGGAGAUCGGAAGACUUAUUGGAGACAACCUGGUGGAAGAUGGAGCCACGCUGCAGAUGGGUAUCGGCAGUAUACCCGACGCAGUGCUGUCUGCCCUCAAGAACCACAAGGAUCUUGGAAUACACUCGGAGAUGUUCAGCGUCGGAGUCAUCGACCUCGUCAAGAGGGGCUGUGUUACGAAUAAUAAGAAAAAGUUCCACAAGGGACGCAUCGUAGGCAGCUUCCUUGUUGGUAACAAGGAGUUGUACGACUUUGUUGACAAUAACCCAUUCAUUGAAAUGCUGGAAAUCGACUAUGUGAACAAUACUCAUAUAGUGUCAUUACAACCGACCAUGACUGCCAUCAACUCUUGUAUAGAAGUCGAUCUCACCGGUCAAGUGUGUGCUGAUUCCAUCGGUACCCGCAUGUUCUCGGGUUUUGGUGGUCAAGUUGAUUUCAUCCGCGGCGCGGCGGAGUCUGUCGACGGGCGCGGCAAGCCCAUCAUAGCGCUGGUCUCCACCACCAAGCGGAACGAGUCGAAGAUCGUGCCCACGCUUAAAGUUGGUGCUGGCGUUGUAACAACCCGCGCCCACGUGCAAUAUGUCGUGACAGAGCAAGGCAUCGCCAAUCUCUUCGGCAAGACUCUCCGCCAAAGAGCCUACGAACUCAUAAAGAUAGCUCAUCCUGAUCACCGUGAAGCUCUAGAGAAAGCCGCCUUUGAACGCCUUAAAUGUAUGCCAGCGCCUUAAUUAAUCUAUGGCUAACAAACCAUAGACAAAUAUGUUGCAAGCGUAGCAAUAAAUGCAGCACUGUAGUUUUGAUGCGUUACUUUUAGAAGUAAUAUUUAAACUACAUUUUCUUUGGUACUGAAUUCAUUUUAUUCGAAUUUAAAAAUGCAUUUGUCACGUUUUUAUAGAUAUUUAUUUGUGGCCUACCAAUUCUGAUGGAUUACUGAGAGUAACUGCAGUAUACAGAUGUUUAUAUGUACGUAUGCUCUAUAUACAUAAUAGUUUUAAGGAUAUUUUUUUUGAAGUCAUUGUAUUUAUGGUAAAUACCACAGUCUAUUAUUUAAUAUAUUUUUAUGUGACUGUUUAUGUUACUGUUUAAAAAAUUUAAAAUAAACAUUUUAAUUGUGU